GCUAAAUGGAGACAGUGACAAAGAACAGAAAGAUCCUUAUUUUGUGGAGACCCCCUAUGGUUAUCAGCUAGACUUAGAUUUCCUCAAGUAUGUAGAUGACAUACAGAAGGGAAACACCAUCAGAAAGCUCAACAUCCAGAAGAGGCGAAAGCCCGUGCCGCCGCACGCAGGGCCCAAGGACCCCCAGGGCCAGUUAGGUGUGUGGGCUUCCACCGAGUCACUGUCCUCUUCUAAUAGUGAUGACAACAAGCACUGCCCCUCCUUCCUGACCACCAGGAGCCACGCCACAGCGUCCACAGUCCCCCGGCCGCCCGCCCCUUGCGAAGCCUCGGCCUCUUUUCUUGCCAUCCCAGAAAACAAACAGCUGCCACCUUCCUCGCCGCAGCUCCCCAGGCAUAACCUUCAUGUCACCAAGACUCUGAUGGAGACGCGGAGACGACUGGAACAGGAGAAGGUCAUCAUGCAGGUGGCCCCGGGAGAGUACCGGAGACCCCGCCUGGCCAGUUUUGGGGGUCUGGGCUCCACAGGCUCCCUCCCCUCCUUCAUGGGCUCUGGAAAUCACAAUCCGGCGGCCCACCCGCUUCAGAAUGGCUACCAGGGCAAUGGGGAGUACAGUGUUUACAGCGCCGCCGCCGCCACGUCUUCCAUGGGGAGCUCGCUCCGGCACAGCCCCAUGAGCUCCGGGAUUUCCACGCCUGUGACUAACGUGAGCCCGUUGCACCUCCAGCACAUCAGAGAACAAAUGGCCAUCGCCCUGAAACGGCUGAAGGAGCUGGAAGAGCAGGUGAGGACCAUUCCGGUGCUGCAGGUCAAGAUUUCGGUCCUGCAGGAGGAGAAGAGGCAGCUGGCCUCCCGGCUGAAGAGCCAGAGGCCGGCCUCCCAGGGCGACGCGGGCGGCAUGAGGCAGAGGUCCUUCAGUGCGGGGAAUGCCUCCCAGCUGCCGCAGCUGUCCCGGGGGCGCGGGGGGGCCGGAGGGGAGCUCUACAUCGACUGCGAAGAGGAGGAGAUGGAGAGCGUGGAGCAGAGCGCCCAGCGGAUAAAGGAGUUCCGGCAGCUCACGGCCGAGAUGCAAGCCCUGGAGAAGAAGAUCCAGGACAGCAGCUACGAGGCCCCCCCGGAGCUCAGAGAAAACGGGGAGCCCCCCGCCCAGGAGCGCAGGUCCGUCGCUGUGGGGGCCGACGACAGCAUGGAGGAUAUCGUGGCACGCCGCAAGGAGGCCGCCGUGGGGACGGAGACAGAAACCAGAGACUCGGCCGUCGGGGUCACUGAAGCGAUGCUCGGGGUUACCACCGAAGCGGACAAAGAAAUAGAGUUGCAGCAGCAGACCAUAGAAGCUCUGAAAGAGAAAAUCUACAGGCUCGAAGUCCAGCUCAAGGAAAGCACGUACGACCGGGAGAUGACGAAGCUGAAGCAGGAGCUCCAGGCCGCCGGCUCCAGGAAGAAAGUGGACAAAGCCUGCACGGUCCAGCCGCUCGUCGUCAGCAGGAUGGUGGAGGCGGUGGUGCCCACCAGAGACCAGAUGGUGGGACUCCACGUGGACGUGGCGGAUGCCUGCGUGGGGACGUCCCUACAGACAUACAGCAGAGGCGUCUCGUGCAAGCCGGACGGCCACACUAAGAGCGUCGGGCCCGAGCUGCCCAUGAGCCGCUGGGUCGUGAAGGAGCGCGUGGAGAUGCGCGACCGGUGUGUGGGCAGCUCCGUGGAGACGCGCGACCAGAGCGUGGGGGCGCAAACCAGCGUCUGCGUGGCGGGCAGCAACACGGACGAGUCUCUGGCCGAGCGGGCGCCCCGGCUGGAGGCCAAGGAAGUGAGAUCUGUGGCUUGUGGGGACUGCUCUGUCCUGGUGACGGUCUGCUCCCCAAAGCAGCAGGACUCCCGGGGCGUGAACACGGAGCCCCUUUGCCUGGCCGACUCCUCCGUCAUGGCCGUACCGCAGACCGUGAGCCAGCACACCGCCACCGUAUGGGAACAGGCAGACCAGUUCACCAACACGGAGGCAACGUCUCUCACGGACUCCAGCACCAACACUUUCCUAAGCACUUUGGACAAACAGACGAAUACCAGGAUGGUGGACGUGCGGACGGUGGCGGUUGGGGAAGGCAGAGUCAAGGACGUCAAUGCUUCCACCAAGACGCGCUCCAUUGGGGUUGGGACGGUGCUCUCCAGUGACUCUGGCUUUGACAAGCCAUCCGCUGUGAAGACCAAAGAUUCGGGUGUGGGGCAAAUAAACAUUCACGAGAACUACCUGGUGGGUCUUAAAUUGAGGAAUAUGGCGUGUGGACCCCCGCAAUUAACCGUAGGGUCCGCGGCCAGCAGGAGGAGCGUAGGUGUCGGAGAUGAACCUGUGGGUGAUCUGGUGGAAGGCCCCCCAAGCCAGGCUCCUGAACUGAUGACUGGCUUGGAUCACUACAUCGAACUUGUCCAGAAGCUCUUGGCAGAACAACAGACGCUCUUGGCCGAAAAUUAUAGCGAACUGGCCGAAGCUUUUGGGGAGCCUCAUUCACAGAUUGGCUCACUUAACUCUCAGCUCAUUAGCACCCUUUCAUCCAUCAACUCUGUUAUGAAAUACACCAGUACGGAAGAACUAAGGAAUAUAGACUUCCAGAGACAGAAUCUGGACAAAAUUGCAGGGUGCCUCUCUGGUCGGACUUUUACACCUGAGAACCCUUCAGAGUCCGCCUGCCUUCCAGAUACAGCUAGGAGCCUGCCCGUGUUCAGAGAGCUGUUUGAGCUGGCCAAGGUCAGAUGUGUGUUCCUGGCUGUUGUUUUCUUUUUCCCAGUAUGUGCCAAUAGUGACGGUACACUGAAAUCUAUUAUGAAGAAAGAUGGGAAAAAAGAGUCCAACAGCACUAAAAAGAAUCUUCAGUUUGUCGGCAUUAAUGGAGGGUACGAAACAACCUCAAGCGAUGAUACCAGCUCAGAUGAAAGUUCUUCUUCCGAGUCAGAUGAUGAAUGUGAUGUCCUGGAAGAGGAGGAGGUGGAGGAGAACACUCAGGGAAUGGCGGAAGGGCAGCAUGCAGUUAAUGUUGAAAGUUUCAGGUCCGUCGGUGUGGAAAAUGAGAUAAAGGUUCAAGAAAGCAAAGCAGAGAAGGUGGAAAUCAGAGAGAGGUACGAAUUAAAUGAAAAGAUGUUAUCUGCAUGUAACCUAUUGAAAAAUAACAUCAAUGAUCCAAAAGCUCUGUCCAGCAAAGACAUGAGAUUCUGCCUCAAUACCAUCCAGCAUGAAUGGUUUCGGAUAUCGAGUCAGAAGGCAGCUAUCCCUGCCAUGGUUGGAGACUACAUUGCUGCUUUUGAGGAAGUCUCCCCUGAGGUCUUGCAGUACAUUAUCAACAUGGCAGAUGGCAAUGGAAACACAGCCCUCCACUACAGCGUCUCUCACUCCAAUUUUGAUAUUGUGAAGUUACUUUUAGAUGCCGAUGUGUGCAAUGUAGACCAUCAGAACAAAGCCGGCUAUACCCCCAUCAUGCUUGCAGCACUAGCUGCUGUGGAAGCUGAGAAAGAUAUGAGGGUGGUGGAAGAACUUUUUGGCUGUGGAGAUGUGAAUGCCAAAGCCAGCCAGGCUGGGCAGACAGCCCUCAUGCUUGCAGUCAGUCAUGGAAGAAUCGACAUGGUAAAGGGUCUGCUGGCCUGUGGAGCCGAUGUCAACAUCCAGGAUGAUGAGGGCUCGACUGCCCUGAUGUGUGCCAGUGAGCAUGGGCAUGUGGAGAUAGUCAAGCUCCUGCUGGCACAGCCUGGAUGCAACGGUACCCUCGAGGACAAUGAUGGAAGCACCGCACUCUCUAUUGCCUUGGAAGCAGGACACAAAGACAUAGCUGUUCUUCUUUAUGCCCAUGUCAACUUCUCCAAACCCCAGUCACCGGGCACACCUAGGCUUGGAAGGAAGACAUCUCCUGGGCCUACCCACAGAGGGUCGUUUGAUUAGUGAUGGGCAAAUAUUCCUGUAUCUUCAUGCCACCAUUACGCUGCUAACUGUUACUGUUUUUUUAUGGUGACAGAAACUGAAUGUAAAUGUCUUGUGCCUGAACUCACCAGCAAACAAGGAGCAGAAGCCCAGUGUGAAAGGCAGAAAACAUUCAAACUUAGAGAAAGCAAUAGGCAGGCACCUUGCUAAUUGAUGCAGGUAGUGCCGUUAUAUUAGCUUCUGACCAUUUUCCCACCUACGUAGGACCCAUCAUCAAUGCGUUCUGUUGCUGUCGAGUCUCCAUGUUCCGUUAUGUACAGUUUUGGGGAAUUGUAAACUCACCUGAGCAGGCUGCUUUUACCUCUUUCCCCUCAUCCCCUGCCCCCAGCCCUGGGACACUCCGAUAGUGUCACAGUCUCAGUGAUAUCCCUUUUGUCUUCUGGUCAGAUCAUGUGUAUGUGUGGUUUCUUUUUCUUGAAAGAUAUUUAUAUUUACUAAAUAUGGAAUCUGUUAGCAAUAAUUCUCUUAAAUUCCAUUCCAGAAUGAUUUCGAUUUUUUUUUUCUCUUUUCGUCUCCAUAAUUUUAAGCUAAAAAAAGUCAGAAUAGCUUUGGUUGUUUAAGCUCCUUGGGUCUAGGCUGGUGGGUUUCCUCUGAAUUAGGAAAAGGUGGAACUCUCUGAAGUCUAAAACACUACAGAAAAUGUCUACAGUUGGUCAUGUCUAUUGGAUGUAUUAUAUAACUUUUUAUAUAAAAGAUAACUAUAUGAAAUUAAUUCACACAGUAUUUUCAACUUUUAUAUUCUCUAGUAACUAAACACAUGAAGAAUUGUGUAAUAUGACCAUAUUUUUAUUAAUAAUUGCACAUCCCUAUUCAUAGCUAAUGUUUAAAUUUUGAUUUAUGUUAGAGGGAUCGGGAAUAUAUUCAUCUCUAGAGGCCUAUAGUUUAGUUCUGCAUAUUUAUGGAACCCUUUAUAUCAUGUCACACUCACUUUAGGCCUAUAUGUAUUUAAAUGUUUGAAGUGCCUUAGACUCUUGCCAUAUUUUCAAAAUAAAAUUUCAUUAUGCUCUUUU